CUAUAUUACUAUGGCGUUUCUUACUAAACAUGUUCAGCAGCUAAAAUAUUUAGUGAAACAUGAAGAGUAACAAGUAUAGUUACUUUUCCUAUUAUGAAGUUGACAUAUGUUUUUUUUAUUUCGCUCGGACGUGAAAUCAUUUAGAUUUUCGUGAAAGUCAUUCUGGGUUGAGGUUGAAUAAUAGGUCUAAUUGAAAGUCGUAAAGAAAUUAGUUUAAAGUGUUGUAAAAGUAAUAAUUGAUAAACAAUGGAUGCCGAACAAAUUCUUAAGAGUGAUAUAAAACAAUGUUUAAAUUUAAUAGUGAUUGGCAAAGAUGCAGAGGUUACUGAAGGAUGGACCAAACUUAAAAAACUAGAAAGCGAGCCUUUCCCCAGGCAAUUAAAUUACGAAUCUAUUCUGAGAGAAAUACUAAAUGAUGAAAUAUUAAAUGUACAAGAAAUUCCAAGUAUCAUGAUUUGGUUCUCAAAGUAUUUAACAGAAAAACCAUUUUGUAUCAAUCCAAUUUCAAAUGAUGUUGCUGCUAUGCUACGGAACACUGAAAUCAAUGAUAUGUCUGAUUUAACAAUGAUUCUUCAAACUUUACUGGAACACAGUGUAUAUUUACCAGAGUCUGUGAAUCAUUCAAAGCUUUGCGAAGCAGUUAUUACCAGUCUGUCUACAUUCUCAAUGUCACCUGAUCCAAAAAAGAUUUCAGAAUUCACAGACAACGCAACUAAAGUUCAAAACUUUUUGAAAGUUGUACGAAUAAAGUCUGACAACAUUGAAAAUGAUAAUUUAAUUUUUAUAUGUCUCCAAACAUUAUAUAGAAUUAUAUCAGAUACAAAACGUAAACAAGAUCCAGGACCUGGUUUAGCAGCUAUAUUACAACUAGUAGAAGCAUCUAUUAUACCACAAGCUGUAAACUGGAUUCUUUCUGAAUCGCAUUGCGAAUCUCAGUUAACCCAAGCUUUAAGGGUUCUGUGUAAUUGGCUUCCAAAAUGGAGAGGCGAUCGACUUAGCAUUUGGAUUAUGGAAUUUAUAUUUGGCUUAGAAAAGCAACAUAAAUAUUCUAUACUUAUAGAGGUUGCAAAAGCAACGCUUGAUGUAAUGUUUCAUGCUUUGUUGGUACCAGUGAUUCGUCAGAAUGCUUCCAUGGUUAUAUUUCAUGUAUUAAAAAGGCAAGGAUCUCCAUUUUUGUUUCGAACUAUAGUGCGAAAUACGCAAAUGGCAUUGACUUACUUAAUAAAAGAAGAUUCUGAGUCAAGUAAAGAAUGUAUACAGAAUUUAGUUGAUAUUAUGAAAAUACUUAUGUUAAGAUUUCCAAGCCAAUGUGUAUAUAGUAAUUUAGAAAGUAGUUUCCCAGUGCAACCUCGAAUGCACAUUGUUCAAGAAAUAUGGAAUGAACAGGUUUGGGUGGAUGAAACAGAAACAAUCGAGCCAAUAAUUGAAUCACCUAAACUACACAAUGGGAAAGUUGGACUUUCAAACCUUGGAAACACAUGUUAUAUGAAUAGUGUAUUACAAGCACUGUUAAUGACUAGACAGUUCUGUUACGAAGUAUUGAUGUACAAACCUUCAAACAAAGCUGAUGAUCAAGUUGUACUUAGAAAAUUACAAAAUCUAUUUACUCUUUUAUUAUAUUCAAAGAGAAUUUCAUUGGCACCAACUGAAAUUUUAUUAGCUUCUCGCCCUUCUUAUUUUUUACCUGGUCAGCAACAGGACAGUUCAGAAUUUCUCUGUCAUUUGUUAGACCUCUUACAUGAGCAAGAAAAGUCUAUUACUGUAAACUGUGAAGCUAAUGAUUCUAAUUUGAAGCAUAAAGAUGAUAAGGAAAUAAAUGAUGUUUCUACGAUAAAUGAAGAAGGUGGCAGUAUUAAACGUUGGACAACGGAAGAAGACUUAACUGGAAGUAUAGCUUUGGAAAGAAAAACACAAUCAUUAGCAGAUUUUACACAAGGAGAAGAUUUAGCACAAAUCCAGCAACUUAGCGAUUCACAUUCAGACUCUACAGACAGUGGAAUACAGUCUGUAGGUGGGGAAGAUACAAGUACACAAGUACCACUUGUACAUAGAGUUUUAGGUGGAAAAUGUAAAAUUACUCACCAAUGUGCUCAGUGUGAUACUAGUUCUCAUAAUACUGACAAAUUUCGUGACUUGCAAUUGUGUUUCCCAGAAGAGAUACAGGAAAAUCAGGAAGUUUCUGUGCAAGAUUUAAUAAAUUAUUAUCUUACACCAGAAAAACUGACCGGCGAGAACAAAUAUCGAUGCGAUAAAUGUAUGAAACUUUGCGAUGCACAAAGGUUUAUAAAAAUUCUACAUGCACCAACGUAUUUAAUUUUGAUUCUGAAACAUUUCCGUUACGAUUUUGAUACCAGACUAAGAACAAAACUACGGCACAAAGUAAUGUAUAACGAAACUAUACAGUUACCAGUAUCAACGCCUUUGUGCACAACUACCGAAACGUAUCAACUAUACGCUGCUGUUGUACACUCCGGUUAUAGUAUGGAUUACGGUCAUUAUUUUACUUAUGCUCGCGACUCGAAACAAAAUUGGUACAAAUUCAACGACAGUUACGUCUCGCAAACAACAUUUAAUGAUUUUAAGGACCUGAAACCACCAGAUACGCCAUUUAUAUUAUUUUACGAGAAAUGUGUACCAUUCGAAGGAAUUUACGACGAAGAGAAACCGGAGUUGUCGACGUUGAGUAAACAUUUGCAGGAACUAGUGGCGAAUGAUACCACAGCCUAUAUCGAGGAAUUAAGACAUCAAGCAGAAAAGUCUCAGCGUAGUCGGCACAGUUCAAUAUUGUUACGAAAGAAUGAAAAUUCCGAUGAUGAAAAUCCUCCACCGAGUAGCUGUCGAGGUGCAGUUAAUAUGCCUGCAAGUCGUUUCCUGUAUUAGGUUAUUUGAAUAUUUAAAUGGUAUAUUCUUUUACAAAGUUACUCAAGGUUCCAGAUGAAUUUGUAAUACAUUUUCCUCAUCAUAGAAAGAAAGAUUAGGUGCUAUUGCAUCAAUCGAUAUAACUGUUUAACAUACUUAAAGAUACUAUUUUAUGAAAAUUAAUACAUAUUUACCGUAGCGCCAUUUUAUUUCCCGAUGUAUCUUAUCGUAACAAUAUUUUCCCGUGAAUAACAGAUUUAUACGCAAAUUUAUACUUCAUGUCUCGAUAGUUUGUGUACCACAUUGCAAAAAAGGAAUUUUUAAAAUAUUUUUGUUCAAAUAGGUUGUUCUUUAAAAAAUCAGGAAUACGUAAUUUUGUAGAAUUUGUAAAAACUUACGCUGUCAUUAUUGGAAAGUGUAUUAUGAAAUUUUAAUGGAGACAGAAUACAAACUCAGUACUUUGUAAGAAACGUAAUAUUAUAAUUGGCUGUGGUUUUACGUAGAGAUGUACGUACAAAAAACAGUAUUUACAUGAUGUGAGAAAUACUAUCAAUUUGAUAACCAUACAUUUGUCAUGUUCUCGCACACUAUAAUUUGAUAUCCAUUCAAAUAUGAAUGCCUUUUGUCGUGUGAGAAAAUACAUGAAUUAUUUAUUAAACGAUAUUUGUAUCGAAGCUUAUUUCAGUUUCGUAAUGUUUAUUUACACUUUAUUCAAACGUUGGUUCAUAAACGCGGUGUAUAUAAAUUCAUAACUCUCUCGACAAAUGGCAUUUUUUUUUUUUAAGAUCAAUGUUCUAAAAUUGGCCAAUAUUUACAGAUUUGUGUUACACGUCGUAAGUAUUUUAGCAGAAAAUGGGAAGAAUAUAAGACCGAUAGUUACUAUUGUUGUAAAUAGGUGUAUUUUAAUCAUUGUUACAUUAAUACACUCCGAGCAUUACGAAUCUGUGAUAAAUUUAUACUGUCAAAUUGAUAAUAUUAAUUUUAUAGUACAGUAUUCAACGAAACAAAAAAGAAGUACAUUAUUCACCUUAAUUUAUAAUCGAAAAACUGUAUUAUAUAGUAUUCGUUAGGUCUUAUAUAUUUGUAAAUGCCCUCAGAUGGUACGUGAAUAAAUUAUUCGAAGCAACUCUUUCCUAAUAGACGUAAUACCAUUUAUUUAUUGUUUGUUUAACAUUUACCGUUGUAACGUACCACAAAAAGAGAGUAUGAGUAUUACGCUAACUCGUAGAGUGAAAAACUGAAUGUUCAACUAAUAUUUGAUUGCACAAUCGUACUGUUAUCAUUAAUGAAAUUAUUUAUUAGCGUGGUGCUGCUGUUCUUUACUCGUGUUCCAUUUAUGUUACUUUAACCAUACCAUAAUGUAGAUCGAAUGUGAAAGACUUAUUAAAAAAAUAUAUAUAUAUAGCUAAGUAAUACAACUGAUAAUUGAUACUCGUGCGUUCUCUGUCGGCGUGCACGUUUCGUUAUCAUCCUGUCUAUCUUUUAACACUUGUCUUCGUGAGUGAAAUGUAUCAUAUAUAAAAUAUAAGUAAAAGGUGAUCGAUA